UAUCCCUCUCGCAGUCUCGCUCCUCCUCCUCGCCCCAUCGCCGAGACGCCCCACGCUCCCACAGAUUCGCCACCACCACCACCUCUCCUCCUCCUCCGCGACCUGGUGGACAUACAACUUGCAUGGUCGGUCCUGGAUCGGAAGGAUCAGGGAUGGAAGAGUGCAGUGAGGACAGAUGUUGGGAGGACCUAGCACGAGAUGCCCUAGGCCUCAUCUUCUGCAAACUGUCCCUUCAGGAGAUCCUCACUGUGGUUCCGGGGGUUUGCAAACCCUGGAGCCGGGUAGUUUCAGGGGCCGACUGCUGGCAGGACAUCGACAUUCAGGAGUGGAGCCAGCAGAGCGAGCCUGACAAGAUCACCAGGAUGGUUCAUAUGCUCCUCUCUCACAGCGCUGCCUCGUGCCACCGCCUUAGUGUGUCCAGGCUUCCAAACGACUCAUUGUUCGCCUUCAUCGCGGACCAUGCGCAAUCUCUCAAGACUUUGGAGAUUCCACGGAGCGAGAUCGGUGAUGGCAUAGUGGAAGAUGUCGCACAAAGACUAACCAAAGUUACAUUCCUGGAUGUAAGCAGCUGCACCAAGAUUGGCGCUCGUGCUCUGGAGGCAUUCGGUAAGAAUUGCAAAUCCCUCGUCAGACUUUGGCGAGUCAUGCACCCCAUGGAUGCUGCAGGGAAGGUGUGCCACCAUGAUGAGGCCCGUGCUAUUGCCUAUAACAUGCCAAAGCUCAGUCACCUCGAUCUAGGAUACUUGCUCAUCGCGACUACGGAUGUCGUCGAGAUCGCCUCGCGGUGCCAAGACCUCAAAUUCUUAGAUCUGCGUGGCUGUUGGGACGUUGAUGAUAAGAUUUUGCAAGAGAAGUAUCCUGGGCUGAAAAUCAUCGGCCCCUGCGUGGACGACUGCUUUGGGAACAACUUCUGGGAUGAGUGCUUGGAUGAUGACUCCAUUUAUUCAUGGGAAGAGUUCAUGGACAAUGACUACUUCGCCAUCGGGAGUGACGAUGAGGCUAUAUGGGACGACGAUCACGUUCUCGAAGGACUAGAAGUUAGGUUCUAUGGUGGUGUAUUCGGCGAAGGCUUCGCAGGUCUUGACUGGCCAGAAUCUCCAUGAAGGGAGUCUGCAUUAAUAAUUUGUUGAGAGAAAUGAAGUGCCUGCUUGCUCCUGCUCCUGUUUAUAUGUUUCAACUGUGAAGCAUCUUCUUCCAUCUUAUGUGCUCCUAAUUGUCAAAUUGUGUGGUCAUUACCUUGCAGAUAUUGUUUGGUUGUUGA